UCAAAAUGCGCGCUGUAUUUUUCCUCUUCUACACCCUCGAGACAGUCUUCAAUAUGUUCUGCAUGGCCUUCAAUAUCAGCGGCUUUAUGUCGGUUGACCUGAGCAUAUUGACUUGGAACAAGCAAAUGUUCCACUAUCUCUAUCUAAUCACCUUCUAUGCGUUCACAGUGCUCACACUUUUCCAGAGCAUUAAUAUCUGUACUGGGCAUAGUCCCUACCUUUGGCUGGAAAUAGCGAAGACUUGCGCCGCUGCGUUCACUUUUAUUUUGGUGGCAAUACUGACAAUGCUGGAUGCUGAAAAGGACUUCCAUCUAAUGUAUCUAAAUGGCGAGCCCUCAACGAGCACUGAACAAACUGAGAUAUUCGCCAUUGACAAGGAGGUACAUCCGUUCUUCAAUUUCAUGCGCUCACAGUCAAUUGCAGCGCUGUCCUGUGGCGUUCUCUACCUGUUGCAUGCCACCAUUGUCAUCGAUGUAUAUCUCACUGCCAAGGCAGCCGAAGCGGAUGAUCCGGACGAAACGUAUAUGGAGAUCAGGCUCUAUGUCUUCGGCGAGUAUGUGCACACCAAGCUUGAGGACUAUGAAUGGUUCAUAAACUUCAACGAGGAGCGCCGCAUGUCUAUUUAGGCACAAUAAUGGCAUAUUGAAUCCAAUAGUAAUAUCUAUUAAUAAAAAAUUACGAUGGUGGGCGGAUCGCUAGAUAUAAGGUGUGUAAUCAUAUUUCACACAGUAU